AUGUCAACAGACAAGAUGACAAACACACCAAAAUCAGCAAAGACAAAAAAGAGCAAGGACGAGAAAUCGGCAAAGAAGCGACGACACGAAGACCAAGCCACGGCAGCAGCAACAGAAGCACCAGAGACGACACUCGAGAGCCUACCAAAGCGUCCGCGCAUCGCAUCGCCAGUGCCAGACGCAGCAAGCACAUCGCCCUUUGUCAAGCAGACCUCAUCCUUCUACCUCCCUCUGUCGCCAAUCUACCAUCAAUUCCCCGUCGACGGCCUUUGCGCCGAACACAUUUCCNCUCUGCUGCUCACCUACCACCCACCCCUACGCGGCGUCAUUCUCUCCUACGACAACCCGCGCCUCUCAAACACCCCCGCCAACGCACCCUCCUCGCGCGACGGGCCCGACGCCUCUCCCACCAUCCUCGCAAAGUCAAUCGACGAAUACGCAGUCUCGUUUGUCUGGCUAACCGUCGACUUUAUCUUGCUACGCCCUUCCNCCGGCGCCGUCAUCGAAGGCUUCGUCAGCCUCCAAAACGAAUCGUAUCUGGGUCUGGUGUGCUGGAAUUUCUUCAACGCAGGUGUGGACCGCAAGCGCAUUCCCGCAAACUGGCGCUGGGUACCUAACCACAAUGCCAAUGCCGGCACCAAGAGCGCAACCGACUGGAUGCGUGGUCUGCGCAACAAGAGUGACGAAAGCAGUGGUUACUAUGUUGACCAAAACGGCAAGAAGAUUGAGGGCAAACUCAAGUUCACAGUCAAGGACUUUGAAUCUGCGCCCAGCACAGAACGCGAAAGAGGAUUUUUGAGUAUCGAAGGCACGUUGUUGAGUCCGGAGGAUGACAAAGCGUAUGACAAGGAACUCAAGGCUGCCAGAAGGGUGCCGAAAUGGAAGAAGGCGCCUGCUUUGAACGUCAACCCAGAAGGUUACAUUUAG